CUUCCGGCGCCUGCAGUUCGCAGAUCGGCGGCGGCUCGGAGCGGCUGCACCGGCGCAGGCGGCAGGGCAGUCGCGCGGCGGCGCAACCAUGGUGAAAAUCAGCUUUCAGCCCGCCGUGGCCGGCGUCAAGGCCGACAAAGCGUCGGCGUCCGCCCCGGCCCCGGCCCCGGCGCCCGCCCCGGCCGCGGAGAUCCUGCUGACGCCAGCCAGGGAGGAGCGGCCCCCCUACAAUCGCUCCAAGAAGGGGGGCUCAGUGGGCAGCGUGUGCUACCUCUCAAUGGGCAUGGUCGUGCUGCUCAUGGGCCUCGUCUUCGCCUCCGUCUACAUCUACAGAUACUUCUUCCUGGCUCAGCUGGCCCGAGAUAACUUCUUCCACUGCGGCGUGCUCUACGAGGACUCCCUAUCACAGGUCCGGACUCGAAUGGAGCUGGAGGAGGACGUGAAGAUCUACCUCGAGGAGAACUACGAGCGCAUCAAUGUCCCCGUGCCCCAGUUCGGUGGCGGGGACCCUGCAGACAUCAUCCAUGACUUCCAGCGGGGUCUCACCGCCUACCAUGACAUCUCCCUGGACAAGUGCUACGUCAUCGAGCUCAACACCACCAUCGUGCUGCCCCCCCGCAACUUCUGGGAACUGCUCAUGAAUAUGAAGAGAGGGACCUACCUCCCGCAGACAUACAUCAUGCAGGAGGAGAUGGUGGUGACCGAGCAUGUCAGCGACAAGGAGGCCCUGGGCGCCUUCAUCUACCACUUGUGCAACGGGAAGGACACCUACCGGCUGCGGCGCCGGGCCACACGGAGGCGAAUCAACAAGCGUGGGACCCAGCAGUGCAACGCCAUCCGCCACUUUGAGAAUACCUUCGUGGUGGAGACACUCAUCUGCCAGGAGGCGUGAGCCCCGCCGCCCCCCUCCUUGCUGUCCUCCGGCCUCUCUGGCCCCCACCCUCGCUUAGCGUGUACUGUGGACGCCUUCCCGUAGCUGUGACCUGUCCCCCUCCUUCCCGGUGCCUCCUGCUUCCCUGUACCAGGCAUCUGCUGACUCCCAGACUGUGAAAGAGGGGAGGGGACGCCCCAAGGUGGUUUCUGUGUCCCAGUGUCUUUAGGUUGGACCCCAUCGUCCAGGCCAAGGUGCAGGAUUAGGAGGCAGGGUGGGUGGAGAGGUGGGAGAUCCACAGGCAUUUGCCCUGGGUGGAAGGUGGAGGAUGUGCCUAGGGUUGGACCCGCCAGAGCAGGAGGGACAGUGGCAGUCCUGGGGUCCCCGGGCCCCUGUCAGUGCCUUCAGCCCCCUGGCAAGAGCCAGGGUCGGGUGGGAUGAAUCAGUUAUUGAGCACAAUGUUCUCAGAGUGGAACCAAAGAAUUGAGGAGCCCGGGCCGUCCCGGACCCCUGCGAGCACAACCAGGGCUGCAGCAGGGCCAUUGGUCCCUGCGCUCUGGGGAGCGGGUGGGCAUUGUGUUGCUUUCUGCAGCCCGGGGCUCUGUGACCGAUGAGGGGAGGGAGGCCACCUGGUACCUGCCCCUGCCCUUCCCACAGGGACCUUGACGGUUUCCUUCUCACUCUUGCAUGUUUUUAUGGAUGUUCCAGACGCUAACUGUCCUCAGCCCCAAGCCUGGUGGGGCUUCGGUGCCCCGGGUCCGGCUUGGGUGCUACCCGGAGAGGCAGCUCUUAAACGCUUUGUAUAUUUUCUCUAUUAGAUCUCUUUUCAGAAGUGUCUGUAGAUAAUAAAAAUCUUUUACUUCUGA